GAAACCACGAUAAACGAAAAUCCCUGGUCCUCCUCCUCCAUCGCCCUCGCCCUCCUCCUGAAACCCUCGAUUCGAGAUUCGUCGCGGGAAUCGGCGGCCGGCUCCACGGAUUUCACAGAAGUGGGAGGGGGCUCUGUAUCUCCUGUUUGUUCUGAUGGCAUCAGUCUCUAGUCAACCGCAGUUUCGUUACACACAACCCCCAUCCAAGGUGCUUCAUUUGAGAAAUUUGCCAUGGGAAUGCACUGAAGAGGAACUAAUUGAACUGGGGAAGCCAUUUGGCAAAGUUGUUAACACAAAGUGCAAUGUCGGAGCUAACAAAAAUCAAGCUUUUAUUGAAUUUGCGGAUUUAAACCAGGCUAUUGCAAUGAUCUCAUAUUACGCAUCAUCCUCUGAGCCUGCUCAAGUGCGUGGAAAGACUGUCUACUUGCAAUACUCCAAUAGGCAAGAGAUAGUUAAUAACAAAACCACAGCGGAUGUUGCUGGCAAUGUGUUAUUGGUAACAAUUGAGGGCAGUGAUGCACGUCUGGUCAGCAUUGAUGUUUUACAUUUGGCCCCUUUCAAGGCAAUAUCUUCAAUGGCAGCUUAGUGCAUCGGGAGAAAGAAAGCAUGUCUUCUCAGCUUUUGGGUUUGUUCACAAGAUUACUACCUUUGAGAAAACUGCUGGAUUCCAGGCCCUGGUGCAAUUUUCGAAUGCCGAAACUGCUUCUUCUGCAAAAAAUGCCCUUGAUGGAAGAUGCAUUCCUAGCUAUUUGCUUCCUGAGCACAUGGGGCCAUGCACCCUCAGGAUCACAUAUUCAGCCCACACAGAUCUGAGUGUGAAAUUCCAGAGCCAUCGUAGCAGGGACUACACUAAUCCAUACCUUCCUGUUGCUCCAUCUGCUAUAGAUGGCAGUGGUCAGUUGAGUGUUGGCGUGGAUGGGAAAAAAUUAGAACCUGAGAGCAAUGUCCUUCUUGCAUCAAUAGAGAAUAUGCAGUACGCAGUAACAUUGGAUGUUCUUCACAUGGUCUUUUCAGCUUUUGGACCUGUACAGAAGAUUGCCAUGUUUGACAAGAAUGGAGGGGUCCAAGCAUUGAUUCAGUACCCUGAUGUUCAGACGGCUGUAGUUGCAAAGGAAGCUUUGGAAGGGCAUUGCAUAUAUGAUGGGGGGUUUUGCAAACUCCAUAUCUCGUAUUCGCGCCAUACAGAUCUUAGCAUAAAGGUUAACAAUGAUCGGAGCAGAGACUACACAAUCCCCAACACCCCGAUGAUGAAUCCUCAACCUUCAAUUCUAGGGCAGCAACCGGCUUCAGCUGUUGGUGCUGCACCCCAGCAGUAUGGUGGAGUGCAGUACGCCCAGACUCCCACGCAACCCACAAUGCAUCAUCCACCCCCUGCUGGCUGGGGUCCGGUCCCUCCAGCUCAGUCCAUGCCUAUGCAAGGUCACAACCCACCACCGUACAUGCAACAGGGGACUGUGCCUUUCCAGAUGGGCCCUGGGAUGAUGCAUGGCGCGGGCCACCCUGGUUUGCCGCAUCCGCCACAUAUGCCUCCAUAUCAGUCACAAUAGCACUUCUUUCUUCUCUUGGCGCUGAAGGUGUGAUAGCCCUUAGUUGACGCAAUUUCCUUGGGCCUGAAGCUCUGGUGGUAUCCUUUUCUUAGUAAAAUUUUUUGGGGAGAUGGGUGUGUAGCUCGUGCUAUGAUGAUGAUACUAUGUUUGGCAACUGUAACUUGCCAUUUGAUUCGGAGGUUUUAGAUAUCUACUUGUUCAUCAUAGAGAUGAUUGACUUUCUGCACCAAUUUGUGAACCUGUAUAUGAGUUGGAUUGGAUCUCACU